AUGAUGCAGCUAGACUUUGUACUAUACCGCUUUGUAUGCGACGUUCCGACCUUCACAGGGCUGUUUGCGGAGGAUGCGCAGGGGCGACACAUUCCUGAUGCAGCCUCCUUUCAGUGUAGCUGGGCCCGAACGUCACGCGCACAGACCAGCUCAAGCGGCACAUCUGCUCUGCACUGCGUGGAUGGCGCCACGGACCACAUGCACUUUAAGGCACUCGGCGACGACAUGGCACUGAUGUUUGCGAAGCUGACACAUCAGCUUAUCCUGGACGCCGAGCAGGAGGUCAUCACGUUCGCCAUUCGGCCGUCGCAGUAUAGCGCCGCUGGGCCGCUGCCCGUCGUUACCAAGGGCUCCCUCGAUCCACGACCGUACUUUGGCAAGCCCAUGAAGAACUACGCCAUCAAGCUGCGUGAUGCUGCCGGAGAAGUCACCGGAAAGCUGCUCUUCUCCAUGUGUGUGCAUGGAAUCCAUGAGGAAGAGCAGAGGGUGCAGUGCGGCAACACCGUGGCCUCGACCGCAACGACGUCGCCGCCGCGCAGCAGCCCCCAUCAUGGCAAAAUAUCGAUGGAGCGUGAUUCGUCGCGCGAUCGCCAGCUGAAGACGCCGCCGCGUAGCGAGCGGGUGGUGCACAUUCACUCACAGGUUCUGGAAAGACAGGAGGCAACGCUGCAUCAGACCCGCACCAGAACAGUGCAGCGCUCCCAGCCACGAAGGGAAGGGUCGCGGCACUCACAGCGUGAUUCCCGUCUUGUACAGCGCGUGGAAAUUGAGCUAGAGCGCGUUACGAUCAGGACAGAAAGCAUUGAUCUCGAUCACCCAGCACCGCUGCUGCUUGGCGGCGACUACAGCAUGAAGAUUCGCUACGGUUCCUACACCUACCGAACGACGCAGGCCGUUUGCUGCAAUCCGAAGGAGGUGAUGUUCAAGGCACAGCAGGCCCGCAUCACGCUUCCGCCGGCUGGCGGCACGGAAAAGCUCCGAUUUUCGCUUUGGGAGGAUAAGCACCAGGUCGCCGGCUUCUCCCUGCACCCCGCGAAGUUCCAGUCCGGUGUUGGGGAGUGGAAGGAGUACGCCAUUCCCUUCCGCUAUCACCCCACAGGACAGCGUGCCGCUCUCGAUGUGCGCAUAUGUCGAUUAGAAGUCGACCGCGGCCGUUCCCCGAGCAGCAGACGCUCCUCCUCUCUGCCUUCCGCGGCGUCACAAGCCGUUCCGCAACAGUUGACUUAUCGAACCGAUCCGUCGGAUAGGUAUGCGGAGAAGGCCGCACAUGGACAAUCACCGCUGCGCUUCUCGCCGCCGCCAAAGCAGUAUGACGCGGUGAAUCUCAUUCCACACGAUGCCCCGCCGGUGGACACUUGCUCGUCAUCGCACCGAGGAGGCUCCUCUCCGCCAGGCUCCGUCAUUGCGGCCUCAGGGCGGCUACCGCCAUUUGAUGCCAACCGCACGAGCACGCCGCUUCGCGUCUGUGAGGGGGGUGGCGUGCGGGGCGGCUGGGAGCGCACCCCCAUGGGCGAACGCCCGCCGCCGCUGACGUCAAAUCUUGCCGACCUCCCAGCUGAUCAACGUCCGCCGGAUGAGCACGAGGUAUACAUUGCAGAGGUGCUGAGGCGGCUUGAGCGCCAGCAGCGGGCACCGCGGCCGCAGACGUCACUCGUGGAGGAGUGGAUUGGCUGGCGCAACGAGCGCGAACGCAGCCGCGGCAACAGCUUCUCCAGCAUGUACCCGCGAUCAUGUUCCGUGAAAAGCGCGGCGAGCCGUGCAGAUUCAGUGACAUCCGUAAUCUCGCGGCGUGCCUUAACGCCACGGCCGACAAAGUCAAACGCCGACAAAUCGUUCAUAACGCCCUUCACCCCCGAUAAGAGCGCCUACCGUCGCCACAGCUCGUGCCGGAGCCCGACCCCGCUUAACCCCCUUAUUUAG